ACAAGACCGAACGCAUCAUGUCAAGUCGCGCUGCGAAGGGCGCGUCGCAGACAUCUCAUGUCGACUCUGGAGAUUCUUCGCCUGUUAAUGUAAUCAAUGCUGUCCUUGCGACGACACAGCCUCCUCCGGAGACCGCGGCCGCGGUAUGGACUCGACGCUGGGUUGUGUUGUCAUUUUGGUCGAUUGUCGUAUUCCUAGGUCUUCCAAUAUGGUGGAAAACAACAGCGAUAUACCGGGCUACUCUUCCGCUGGAUACAAUGAAAGAAUGGGCCGACGGAAAGAUAUGCAAGCCUGUCUUCCCUCUACGGAUCGCCGUAGAUGUACCAUCAAUGCCGCUACAUGAUGCGCAACAUCUCAUCCGUAUCACACAGCAUGCUCUCGAUGAUCUGAAUGAGUUUUCUGCUCACCACCUGCGCCUGGUUCUCACGGAAACGAGCACGACAGCGAACGGGACCACACAUACUGUCAGGGAUGGAAGCCGGAUGGGCAUUGAUUCAGCCUAUGAUGGUGAUGGCGAAGAUACGGCGCUUUGGGUCAAACUUCUGCCUGCCACAGAGGGCCCAACACCACGGUCAGAGCUUCAGGCUUUCAAAGCGGCCGUGGAUAUCUUCUAUUCUCCAAACCAAGUGCCAUCCGCAUCCUCGACUUCGUCUCCGCUUGGCACCUUUCUUGCAAACGAACUGCAUGUGCUAUUUGAGGAAGAACAGGCUAUGCUAAUCCAUACGUUCACGUCCAACACAGCAACGCAUGGUGGCAAGGCACAAGUCCUCUCGCCGGAACGCGCUUCUGCUCUCGCUCGACAGUCUACCAGGGCCUUUAAAUAUGCGCCAACAUAUCAUCUGACGUUCUCUCUGUUCACACCUACAGCCGUACCGUCUGACUGGGCCAUUGAAUCUGCGUUGAAGGAGUACGUAGAGCCACUCCUGGAGGCGUUGUCUACGAUUAGCAAGUUUACGGUUGACACCCAAGUUCAACUUUAUGCAACUAUCUCCCCGUCAAUACGUCAACCCGAAUACGACGAAGAGGCGAACGCAUGGACUCUGCGGAAAGAGGACCUGAGCGGAUUUAUUAAUGCUGCUGAAUGGCCAUUGAGCCCGUCUAUUGGUGCGGGGCCGACAGUGAAUUUCGUGAUCUACGUGCCAUCUCCUGAUCAGGGUCCUCUCGUUGUAAAGGUAAAGGAGAAUGGUGGGAAUAGCUGGCUCAUUCCUCAGUGGGGAGGUGUAUUAAUUCUGAACCCUGAAUCUGGGCAAAACAAGACGACAACCUUGUCGAAAGACACUUUACGACCAGCGAUGUUGUCUUUCUCGAAUCAGCUCCUGGCUUUACUGGGCCUACCAGAGUCACCCGCCUCUCUGCCCUUGCGUCUUUCGACUCUGACAAGAGUACGCGCCGCAUCGCUUUUGUUCUCGGCUUCGUCCACUCUCGGAGCUUUGGCCAGAUUGACACAACAGCUGUCAUCCAUUGCCAUUCCUGAUAGUGUGGCUGGAUCGGUUGACGCCACAAUCCAGCACUUGGGCUCGGCCUGUGAUGCUCUCCAUAAAGGGCAAUUCCACUCUGCCCUGCAACACGCUCGCAUUGCCGAAACCGAAGCAGAAAAGGCAUUCUUCGAACGCUCUAUGGUCGGCAUGGUAUAUUUUCCGGACGAGCACAAAGUCGCCGUCUAUCUGCCCCUACUUGGGCCUGUCGCUGUACCGUUGUUGAUGGCUGGGAUCAAGGAAGUCAUGAGUCUUUUGCAGAAGCGCAAGACGAGUUGUCGUUCAGAAGCUGCUUGUGCGAAUUUGCCCAAACCAACACUUUGCAUUCUCCCGUUCGUUCCGUCCCGGCCCUCCCCCCUCUCUUCAAAUAUGGCUCUGUCGGCGCAAUCGGUUGCCAACAUCAAGGCUAUCCUCAACGGCACCACCUCGAACAAGAAAGCCGGCAUACCAGCCCUGGCCUUUGUCGCCGUCGACCGCAAUGGCAAGAACCUCAUCGCCGAAACAUCCGGCACGCGCGGCCUAGAAGACAAACGCCCCGUCGACCUCGACACCAUGUUCUGGAUCGCCUCGUGCACGAAGAUGGUCACGGCAAUCGCAGCAAUGCAGCUCGUCGAGCAGGGCAAGCUCGCGCUCGACGACCACGAGGCCGUCUACGCCCUCUGUCCCGAGCUGAAGGAGAAGAAGGUGCUCAUGGACGACGGAACGCUCGCCGAGCGCACCGCCGAAAUCACCCUCCGCAGACUCCUCACCCACACCGCCGGCUUCGGAUACAGCUUUCUGAACCGGAAGCUGACGCUCUGGGCGCGUCCGGCCGGCAUCGAUGAGCUCAGCGCCGACGCGAACGACUUUCUCGGCACGCCGCUUGUCAACCAACCCGGCGAGCGCUGGGAAUACGGUCCCAACAUAGACUGGGUCGGCGAGCUCAUCUCCCGCGCCACGGGCCUCUCCCUAUCCGACUACUUCGAAACCCACAUCUUCACGCCCCUCGGCCUCAAAGACAUAACCUUCUUCCCGACCCCCGCGCAGCAAACAAACUUCGCCCGCAUGACACAGCACUGGAAAGACGGCACCGCCGAAGAAGUCGACCACACCGCCCGCCGCGCCCUCACCGCCCACACCCCCGCGCGCCGCGCCACCCUCUUCCAAGCCGGCGGCAGCGGCCUCUACGCCAAACCCCUCGCCUUCGCCCAAAUCCUCACCGUGCUCAUCAACGACGGCGUGCACGCACCCAGCGGCACACGACUCCUCAGCCCGGCCUCCAUCCACGAGAUAUGGACGAACCAGAUCCCGGACAAGCCGGAUUUCGCGCGCGGCCUGGCGGCUUCGGCAAAGGAGCACGUCACGCUGAGUAAUGCGGAGAUGUUUCCGCAGCCGGGGAGGCCGGCGCAAGGGUGGGGAUUGUGUGGGAUGAUUACGGAGGAGGGGGUGUUUACGGGGCGGAGUGCCGGGAGUGUGUUUUGGGUUGGGGUGGCGAAUUUGUUUUGGGUGGCGGAUCGGGAGAAGGGGGUUGCGCAUUUUAUUGCGGGGCAGGUGGCGCCGUUUGGGGUGCCUGCUGUGGCGCAUGCGUGGUUGGGGGUGGAGAAGGCGUUGUAUGAUGGGUUGAAGGAUGGGGGUGGUUGA